CUUUACAACCUAUAGGGAACGAUUUACUCGGCGACCACAAAUUGGUCUUUACAGACGACAAAACAUCUGGCUGGAGAAAUUUAGACAGUUUCAUUGACCCAAUUUUGUACGGCUCCUCAAAGUUUUCACAAAGCUAGUGGCCAGCGAACGAUCUCUCAUUCCUUUCCAAUACUUCAUUAUGCAUCUGGUCUGAAGUACAAAGCACGCCACGUCAUAUCUAGCUAUCGUUCGCUAGAGAACAACAUCCAGGCAAGAACGCCGCGCCGAGUAGAAAGGAACGUGAUCGUUGUGUUUCCACUCAUCAUGGACCAAGCAACUAGUGCAGAUAAUGCCAACGGCCAAAGAGUUGAGUCCCCUGUUGAUAACCCCCUGCAGUGCUGUUACUGUGGCAAAAUAUUUACAAGGAUCUACUACCGGAGGGAGCACGAGAGGAUACAUACGGGCGAGAAGCCUUUUUCCUGCAGUAUUUGUGGAAAGAAAUUUAACAGCAAUGGCAGCUGCAAGAAGCACGAAAAGAUUCACCUCAGGGUCGAGGAAAGCGUACCAAUGGAAUGCAGCCACUGCGGCAAAAUGUUUGACGACAUGCAAGAUUUCCGUCAACACAUGAAGACCCAUGACGGUGCAAAACCCUACAACUGUAAUAUUUGUGGACGUUCCUUUGGUUUUGAGGCCGUUUUAAAGAAACACUUGAUGUUUCACAAUGGCCAAAAACCGUUUCAAUGUCUUGUGUGUUCGGCUGCAUAUUCAACAGCGAAUGACUUGCGUAUGCAUGUAAAAUCUCACACUGGCGAUAAACCAUAUAAAUGCCGAUAUUGUAACCUUAGGUUUCCCAACAGUCGACGACGCAACAUGCACGAGCGGUGCCAUGAGAAAUCUAACGAGCACAAAUGCAAUAGGUGUGGAGCAACAUUCAACGGCGCCAACGCGUUAGCAACGCAUGAGGCUAACAGCUCUAUUCAUGGAGUUUGCCAGAGUGUUGACGCUGAUCAGGAUCACGGCUAUGAUGAUCAGAUGUCUGAGAGUUCUAGAAGUACUCACUCCAUUACAGGCAGUUCCGGAUUUGAUCGCUCCGUGAUGUCUGAGGUAGAUAUUGGACUAUUGGGAAAAGAAUACGAAAGGCCCAACAGUUCAGGGUCCCACGACAGUGGUUUUCCCACAACUAACUAUAAUGGCGCCAAUGAAGUCGUGUACCCAACGUCCCUUCUUCAUGCCACAGAGAAUGGCAUUAUUGUCAAGAAAGAGCAACUGGAUGGCGAGGGGGCGGAAUUUUCAGCAGAAAGCGUAGCAUCCGAUCCCGAUACCUCUAGCUUCAGUCCUAAAUCUCAGCGUAUGUCUGUUGAAUCUGAUCGCAUGAGCAACCAUGACUACAGUGGACAGCUAACUGUAGUAGCUAAAGACUCCAAGCAAAUACAGACGGAACAGGCUCCGUACAUAGAUUCCCUUCUCUCCCAGCUCGAGUCUCUAAAGCAAAUUCAUGAAUGUAAAAACUGUGGUAUUCUUUUCAGAAAUUACUCCAUGUUUCUUGUUCACAAGACCCUUCAUGCGGAUCCAGUCCGUCCGUUUGUCUGUCACUUAUGUGGCGAGGAGUCUCGAGAUGGUGUAGACUUCAAUGCACACCUUAUUUGGCAUAUGAAAUAAUUUAAAAACUAGAAAAACCAGAAAGCCCCUCCAUUAUACCGGGUAUAAAGACGUACUGGACAAAAUUAUGUUAAAAAUACAGAUCAUACUUCAGAUGUUCUUUAAAAAAUGACAAAGGGGCUUUACGGACACACAUAAUGGUCAGCUGAGGAUGACCUUGUAUUCAGACAUUUAGGAAUCGCUGACCGAUUUAAAAUCAUGUAGUUACCACAGGCAGAUACGCCUUUGUUAUCACGCUGGCUUGCAGGUUCCUUGUAUUGUAAAUAUCCUGUGUCUAGUGACUUGUGAAAUAAAGUCUAGAUGUUCAUA